GCUCGACUUGUUUAUUUCCGUUGCAGAAAGGAAGUAGCUCGUUGGGUCUUGUGGAGGUGACCGAAUGGCAGAUUUAUUCUGUCAAUCUUGAAUUAGUUCUCUCCCAGAGUCGUAGGAAACACCGAUUAUUUUAUUUUAAUUGUGAAAAAAUACCGUUAGCACCAUGGGAGCUCACCUCGCGCGGCGGUAUAUCACCGAGACGGAGACAGAGCCUGACCCUGCGAAACCGUUUGGCUUUGACCCCGAAUUCGGCUUCGACGAGAGGAAAGAGAGAGAGAUGGUGGCCUCCCAGGCCCAGAUGAAUCUGCCUGGUCCCUCUAGGAGAGGGACUGCCUGGUUCUACCAGGUAUCAAGCUCUAGUUCUAGGGACAACUGGCCCAACUUCCUGGCCUGUAAACACGAGAGACACGACUGGGACUACUGCGAGCACCAGGACUACGUGAUGCGUAUGAAGGAGUAUGAGCGGGAGCGACGGCUGCAGAUGAGGAAGAAGAGGGUGGAGGAAGCCCAGGCAGCUUGAGCAUCAUCAUCGUCAUCAUGACCUCUAACCCCUGACCCCUCUGUGUACAUACCUGCUGCUCUCCACAAUAAAGAGCUCCACGACUCUAGCCCUGA